GCUUUUCCAAGUCACUGGGGUGUCUCCCGCAACUCUCCACCACCCUGUCUUGUUUUAAUUCCUCCCUCAAUCAAGGGGUGGAGAGCAGCUAGUAACUGCACAAAAAUAAUACACUUAGAAGAAGAUAGAGUCGGGUUAGUCAUCAGAAAUGUCAUAAACUCUAUAGGAGACACAUUUCCCAAUUGAGGACAUUUUUAUUGGACCCUUCUUCCACCCACUACUGGACUAUGAGUCCUGACAUAACUGAAGAUUCGGACAACAAAUUAGAAUUUAAUGAAGACCCCGAUGCUGAGCACUGCGAGCCUGGAUACAGUCUAGACCAGGAUGAAGAUUACUUUGAAACUAGGUCAUACUUCAGUGAAAGUCCAUCUGAAUUAAAAAGUGAAGUGUUUGAAAGUGUAUCGGACAUUGACUCAGUCUGCAGCGACACAACAGAUGAACUGAACAAAAGAUCAGACUGUCUAUUACUGGAAAAAAACAAAUCUGUGUAUUCCGAUAUCCAGAACAACAUUCAUUCAAACACAUAUUUUUCAAGAGACACUUUAUGCAGCCAAAAUGAUCAAGCAAAGUUCUCUUUCUGUUUACAAACACAACCCAUUUUAUCUGAGAAAAGUCUUACAUCUGAUCUGAGCAGCACAGAAAUAGAAGAUACAGACAAGGAACUGAUCAUAACAAAUGAUUUGCUAUUCUCAGAUCUAAGAACUAGGGAUGAUACAGAGAACAAUAAUGUACCUGUGAAUGAUCAGCAUGAUGACUUAGCAAUACGUAUAGACACACAAAGUUGUUUAAUAAGCACUUCAGCUAAACAAAGAGGAGUGAACAACAUAUCCCUAUCAGAAGGAUGUCUAUCCUGUGCAAGAUCAGAUACUUUAACAGUUGCCUAUUUAAGUGAAUAUCAUCAAAGCCUUCCUAACAUUCAUUUAAAAGCCACAUCUUACAAUGUCACAAGUCCAAUAGAAUAUAAUAACAACACAAGAAUUAAGGAGACAAGUGCAAUUACAAAGUCUUUCUCUACAGAAAAUCUAAAUCUGAAUACAUCUUCUAUAUGCCUUGAUCAAUGUAAUGGAAUUUUAAUGAGGACAUCAACGGAAGAAGAGAUUCAAGCUCAGGAGGCUAACUAUCAAGAGGAAAUCCAUGACUCAAAAGACUGUAAUAACAGCUCUCAAGAUCAUUGGACACAACAAGAGACACUUCCUAGAGAUACACAACAUACAUUACAUGUUGAUUCAACAAAGGAUGAUGGUGCAACACAACCAGAUACAUGUAAAGAUGAUGCGUGGAACUCAUCAGUAGCCUAUAAAUGUAAUUCUUCAGAGACAACAACAAAACCCAUUGUGCCUCAACAUAUCACAAAUGACAUUGACAAUGCACUGAAGCAUGUUAAUGGAAAGGAAUACAAUACAUCAGGAACAGAAUCACAACUCACUAAUUCAGUUACCGAUUCCUCUAAUAAACCUGCUGUGAUUAUAAUAUCUAUUCAGAGAACAGGUGCCCAGGCAACACUAAACAAACUUGACGAUAUCAACCCUGUUGAAGAACAAUGUAUAGAAACACUGAGUUCACAAACAAAUUAUUUAGACAAUAGUGAAAUAUCCAUUCAGGAAUGUUCCAAAUUUGCUUCUAACAGAGAUUUAGACACAGAUACGCUGAAAAAUAAAGAUGAAGCCAGCACAAAAGACAGAACUGAGGACAAUAACAUCACAGAAGAAAAUAUAGAUAUGAAAGAUUUACAUGCAGUCAAUGUAGACCAUGAAGUAUUACAAACAAGCCAAGAUAAACAAGAUCUUCAACAGUGGGAUAACAAGUUAGAUGGGCCUCGUACAGAAAAUUACACUUCUCCUUUUUCUGAAGAAAAAGACAUGGAGAUAAGCAAGGAAAACCAUUUAGAUGUGCAGUCUACUGUGGAUCUAAUUGUUUCAAUAAAUGAACCUUGUAAAGCAGAAAAUAGCUCUCUGAUAUCGGAGACAAAAGAUGUAGCAUUACCUAAGGCAAAUAAUGCAGAGGAGGAAUCAAGUGUGGACCAUAUAGUUUCAUCAAAUGCUCUUCCAUGUUUGUAUAGCGAGGAAAGUUCAGAUGGUUCAGAUAAUCAAGAAUUCAGUUUCUCAGAUGAUGACUUUAAUGAUGAAAAUGAAUGUUAUGAAUCAUUCCAUAAAGAGAGUAAUAUGGAGGACACUUCGUCUUCUACACACACACCUAUUUCUGGAAGAGGAGCAGAGAACAUUGACAUGUCUUCUGAUGCCAGGGUAAAUAUGGAUGAGAAAACUACCUCUAAAAUCCCUAAUGGCACUGAAAAUAAAUAUAACUGUGAAAAGUGUGAGCAAUCUAGAAAUAGCGUAAAGGUGGAAGAUGAUACCAUAACACAUAUAAGCAGCGAGCAUUCAGUUUUGUCUCCUGUUUCUGAGAUACCAGAAGAUGGCCUUGAGCCAGUUAAACCAGAAAAGGACACAGAGAUCAAUGAUAAUGUUAAGUCACCAGAAAUAAAAAGCAACACAGAAUGCAAACCUAUGCAAUCUCUUAAACCCCCAACUUUAAGCAGUAGACAUAUUGCAACUUUAUGCAAAGAUGACCAUAACUCAGACUUAUCUGAUGAUGAACUAGUUGAAAGUAGUUUUCUGUACAACAGAAGUAUGCGAAAGGCCUCUGGACCUGGAAGAAUAGAUAUAGAUAAUUUUACUCGACUCAGAUGCAAUACAGUAAAUGUCUGUAUUUCAGAACCUAUUGAAAACUCGCAAGACAAUGACCUAACCAAGCCUCAGUCUGAAAGCAAUGACAUGAAAAGCAAUAAAAAUGUAGAGAGCAAAGGGUUAAAAGAGAGGUUGUCUUGGGCUCAUAAGUCUUUCUCCAGUCUCUUCGAUUUUAAAAAUCUAGAAAAAGAAAAUGUGACGCAACAAAUCGAGACUGAUAGCAAAGAAGACAGAAAAAAGAUGAGAGCUCAUCAAAUGUCCUGGAGAGCACUACGAAAAAGCAAAGAAAGAGAUUCGCUUAAAAGACUUAGUGUGUUGAAUUUGUCAACACAUGUCAUGAGCUCAAACAAACCAAGGAAACCUUCUAAGGAGAAAUUGGAACCUGGCACUGAAAACAUUGAAAACUCAUCAGUGGUUCCAGACCUGCUAAGCAGUUCUCCUGCUGAAAUGAAGGAAAAUAAUUGCACAGAAUCUAAAUGUGACAAAGGUACAAGCACAAACUCGCAAAACCUUAGGACUGAUGAUGUAGAUAAAAGAAGCCCUUCGAAAUGUGGGGUCAAUCCAAGAACUUCAUUUGAACACUCUAUGAGCUGCUCCACAUUUACCACAAAUGAGCAGCCUUUAUUGGGCAAACAUUCACCCACUUCUUCUUAUUCUAACAUAUGCUCCAAUUCUGAUCUAAACUCUAUGCCUUGUCGACCCAUGAGCCCAAAACCACAGAGCCAGUGGCCUAGCUAUCAACGGAAAAGUUUGCGUAAUUCCAGGGCUAGUGCUACCUCUAUGACUUCUCUUGGAAACUGCUCUCCAAUGGAGGGUUAUUUGGACUCACAAGAAGCAUCUACAGCAUUUAAACCUUGGCCAAUGAGCACUUUAGAAAAUGAAUUCCAGAAGGAGGACAGUGGCAUUAGCAGUCAGUCUCAGGCUAGCAUAUAUACUGCUUCUUCAACAAGUGACAUGCUACGUGAUGAAGAUAAUAGACCAAAUCAAACAACACCUAUAAAGAUGCAAAGAGAGAAAAUACUCCAGAAGAGGAAGACCUCUGAGCUGCUGGUUUUCACUUUCCCUAACACCGACACUACCAAUAAAACAUCCACAUUACCCCUGCUGGUCUCUGCUGGAUGCAGGAAGAACUCAGAGAAAAGAAAGACUCAAUUACUCUACAGGAGUUUCAGCUGUGACGACCUAUGGGUAAAUCAGACAAAGCAGUCAAUGAAUGUAAACAAGUCAGGAGUCUCUAUUCCAGCACAAAACCCAACGAAGAACACACAAGUAAGAAUGAAUGGAAGUAAGUCCACCAUACCAUAUGAAAUUUUUCGCUUCCUUCCUUUGAAACUACACUCGUUUUCUCAAAGCACACCAACCAGACUGGAUCUUGUGGGUUGUGGCAGACGGGUUACAUUUCCAGUGAUUACAGAUGGCUCCCUGGACAGACCAUCUCUCACCGAUGACAUGGGAAGUGAUGAGGACCUCUAUGAAGAUUUACAUGUUUCCAGCCACCGUUAUGGCGGAGGGGGAGAGCAGCUGGCAAUAAACGAGCUGAUCAGUGAUGGAAGCGUGGUGUAUGCAGAAGCCCUGUGGGAUCAUGUCACUAUGGAUGACCAGGAGCUCGGCUUCAAAGUUGGAAGCGUCAUUGAAGUGAUGGAUGCCACAAACAAGGAGUGGUGGUGGGGGAGGAUCCUGGACAGUGAAGGAUGGUUCCCUGCAAGCUUUGUCAGACUCCGCGUGAACCAGGAUGAUCCAGUCGAUGAAUAUUCCAGCAAGCCCGGUGACAAACAACAGGAUUCCAGGAAUGUCUUGAGGCGUCACGGUUUUGGCCCAACAAACAAGGACCAAAUGAGAACCAAUGUGAUAAACGAGAUCUUGAACACCGAGAAGGACUACAUCAAGCACCUAAAGGACAUCUGUGAGGGUUACAUCAAGCAGUGUCGUAAAAGAGCGGACAUGUUCACGGAGGAGCAGCUGUGGACUAUUUUUGGGAACAUUGAAGACAUCUACAAGUUCCAGAAGAAAUUUCUGAAGACCCUGGAAAAACGAAUUAACAAGGAAGCCCCACAUUUGAGUGAAAUUGGUUCCUGCUUUCUGCAGUAUCAAACAGAUUUUCAGAUCUACUCUGAGUAUUGCAACAACCAUCCAAACGCCUGCACAGAACUUUCCAAACUUUGUAAAGUGAAGAAGUAUGGCUAUUUCUUUGAGACAUGUCGCUUAGUUCAGAAGAUGAUCGAUAUAUCACUGGAUGGAUUCUUAUUGACACCAGUGCAGAAAAUCUGCAAAUAUCCCUUACAGUUGGCCGAGCUUCUCAAAUAUACCAACCCCCAGCACAGGGAUUUUGCAGAUGUGGAAGCAGCACUCAAUGCCAUGAAAAAUGUUGCCAAACUGAUCAAUGAGCGAAAGAGGAGACUAGAAAACAUUGAUAAGAUAGCUCACUGGCAAAGUUCUAUAGAAGAAUGGGAGGGUGAAGACAUUCUCACAAGAAGUUCGGAACUCAUCCACUCUGGUGAAUUAACAAAGAUCUCACAGCUGCAAUCAAAGGGGCAACAGCGGAUAUUUUUUCUUUUUGAUCAUCAGAUUGUCUACUGUAAAAAGGACAUUCUGAGACGGGACAUGUUAUAUUAUAAAGGAAAGAUCAACAUGGAUGACAUGGAAGUCAUUAACGUGGAGGAUGGUAAAGACAAGGACUUUAACAUUACAGUGAAAAAUGCCUUUAAGCUGCAGAGUAAAGUCUCUGAUGAGGUUCACCUUCUCUUGGCAAAAAAACCUGAACAGAAGCAGCGCUGGCUACAGGCUUUCGAAGAAGAGAGAAAGCAAGUACUUCAAGAUGAGCAGACAGGUUUCAGCAUUAGUGAAAUUCAACGGAAACAAGCAAUGAUCAAUGCCCACAAACCACGUCCUGCUGGAAAGCCAAAAGCCAUUAAUCGGACAUACUAUGAUUUCUGGAUGAGACAGAAGCAUCCCACGUUGCCCGCCAACCUCCCCCAGCAACAAGUCUUCAUGCUUGCUGAACCCAAGCGUAAACCCUCCAACUUCUGGCAGAACAUCAGCCGGCUGACUCCUUUCCGAAAAUAAAAAGCAGCUUUGUGUUCUGCUCUUGCCUCCUGUACAAAGAAAGCACUUUACUCACAGUUGACAAGAAGUGCCCGUGCCUGGGACUCCUACUUUUCCUCUUACAGGGCAUGGUGCUAGCUGGUACAUUACAGUAUAUUUAUUUUUUAAUAAGCGUUGGACAUCUUUUUCCAUGUUUUGUUGUUGCUGCCUCUGCCCAGGUCAAGUGGCCCAUCCGGAAGUGUUGUAGUUUCCUCUUUUGCUGUUAAUAUUAAUGGACUGUAUGUUUGUUUUUA